AUGUCUCUACCGAAAGCAGUUGGUAAAUUUAUAAUCGUGGGCUCGCAAGUGAUGAGCCGGGCCUUUAUUCAGGCCUACAAACAGAUGGUAGCGAAUGCCGGUCAGCAAAACACAGGUACAAGCCAAGCAGGGAAUGCUGAGAAAGCAAAGGUGGCUCGACGAGGAGAAAUCAGUAUGCGUGAAGCUGGUGAUAUUUUAAACGUCAGCGUGGAUCCGUUAAACAAGGAGCAGCUAGAAGAGAGAUUUCAACGGAUGUUCAAAAUCAAUGACCCCAAGGCAGGGGGGUCUUUUUAUAUACAGAGCAAGGUAUUCCGUGCUCAUGAGAGACUUAUGGAAGAGCUGAAACAAAAAGAGCCACCAGAGACGAAUGAACAACAAGGGCAGCAACCACAUACCUAA